CAUUGGCAAGAAUCAUAUGAGCGUUGACGCCUAGAUCGUAUACAUUUCUCCUUGUCCUACCUUUCAGUGCUUCACGUGAUUAGUUUUGUCGGGUUCGUGUGUGAAUAUCAAAAAUCAUGUUUCUCGAGAAUAGAAAGCUAUUUUUUCUCUUAGUUUUUAUAGCUUUGAAUACAAAUAUGUGUGCUUCAAAAGAACAUGUUCCUGUUUUUAUGUGGGCAACAAAAACAACUUUUCAUCAAGGCCCUGCUCUACAUAGGAUAAGUGAAGAAUCUUUCAAGCACAAACUGUCUGAAAAACUUGAAAGCAAUCCUCUCAUUGUUGUAUUUGCUGAACGAACAUUGAGUCCUGAAGAUUUCGCUCAUCAUGAUACCAAGGGGAUAACCCCUUUUGAAAACUUACAUGAUUUUUUGAAAACAUCUAGUGUUGAUUACCUGCCUUAUGUUCAAAACCCAAUAGGUGCUACCAAAGAGUUGGGUAAGGAGGUAACUGAAGUACCCCUUGCAUCCCUCUUACAUAAUUCUGAAGUACCAAAUGGUGAGGUUUUAAUUGUGGAUUUGAAUGAUGCUAAAGAUAAUGAACCACGAAUCCAAAUGCUCAAACGGCAUGAUUCUGCUAUUGCUGAUAUAUUCAGUGAGCUUCUGCAGAAAAAUGACAAUAUUAUAGCUGUUUACACAUCACAUCACAAGUCAUGGCUUGUCCCAGAUGUUGUUAAACACCGUAAUGUUAGAAGUUUGCUCCAAAGUCAGAAUGAAACAGCUGAGAAUUCUGAAACCCAGGAAGCUUCACCAGCUGAAUUGACAAAGGGUGACGAAGGACUAAUUGGAGAUAAUAAAAAUCUUCUACUUUACGUUUCCUCGACUCCUUUGAUUAGUCACGAUAAUGGGAAAACCUUUUCAGCUGUUCCUUUGGAAGUUACAAAUUGUGAGAAAAAAGAUAAUGUUAUUACAUUUCAGUUAUCAGGCAAGGAUGUGAACUUAAAUUUUGAAAUAAUUCUUCAAAGUGAUGGAUAUUGGGUUCUUAAAAAUGUUAGUUCAUCCAGUGAAAGUUAUACUUUCCCAGAAAUAACUGCUCCAAUUGGUUUUUCAUACCACUGUUUCAAUGUUUCAUUCAAAGCUGGAAGUGAAAUUUUAAUAUUACCAGGUCUUCAAAUUGAGCCCUUUAGUACAGAAGAAGAUCAUCCUAACUUCAAUGAUGCUUAUGAUUGUGUAGGAUUCACCAGCAUUCCAAUUUGGACAGGAAUAUUUGUUACCGUUAUUAUGUUACUAAUUCUUACAUUUGGUAUAACAUUCAUGAUGGAUAUUAAAACUAUGGACAAAUUUGAUGAUGCUAAAGGAAAGACUAUCACAAUAAACGCCUCAGAGUAACAUCGAUAAAUGUGUAUUAUGAAAUAAGAAAACCUGUAUUAGAAAAUCUAGCAUUAGACAAUACUACCAACUAUUUUCAUCUUUUGAUGGAUAGAUUUGUGAUAUUCAUUUGGAAACAUAAUUGUUAAGUAUAUUAACAAGUAUUGAUACUUUGUUGUUAGAUAUGCCAAAAUAUAAAUUGCCUUUUCUAGAAUUAUACAAGUAUUUCACACUCGGCACAAUAUGGCAAUUUGAUACAUGUAUAUAUAUUUCCAUACUCAUGAUGUAAUUUACAAAAGUUGUUAUUGAACAGGUUUUUUUUUUAAUUUUAUCUGUAAAACAUGUUUUCCUGAUUUUAUUAGUAUUGGAUUAACUUCAAAACCAAAAUGUAAAAAAUAUAGAAAACAUAUUUGUUAUUGUUGAGCUGUAAUCUAAAAAUAGUUUACUUAUGAGAAAUAGAGUGAAAAGAUCAAA